AUGAAAGCCUUCUUUAUAACAGUUUUAGUCGCCAUUUUGGCCGCUACAUUAGUGUCGGCCGGUAUGACCGAGUCUGAUUUUAAGAAGAUGAAAGUUAAAGAUAUUCGUGCUUUCUUGAUGGACCGCGGGUUGGAGUGUAUAGGGUGCCAGGAGAAGAGCGAUUUUGUUCGCAUGGCAUACCAACACCGCGACAAAAGCCCUAUCGGAAGUGCGAAAAAGCGAGAGAUUCCCAGCAAAAAGUUCUGGGAGGCAUGGAGUGACAUCGCGAAACAGGAAUGCCAAAAUGCUGUGAAGCGGCGUGGGAACGAUGCAGAUGCUGAACCAUUUUCUAUCAUUUGCGACACCAUACAUUCUGCAGCUGAUUCAUACCUGAUGCAGCACGGCAGGCGUGUUGCCAACCAGCUCAAGAAAACGCCGCUCCACUUGCUGGAGACCUCAUUUAAAGACGUUUAUUAUGAAGCUGGGCUUCACCUAUUCCAGACGCUGGCGGAUUACUGCCUCGCAUCCCCUUCGUCACAGACAGCGUGUCAGUCAUUAGGGUCUGUCUUGAGUACGAUGGAUGGUUCUUCUGGUGCGAAUUUUAAGGUUUGGACUACCAAUGUCGGCAUUGAAAAUACAAAUCCCAUGUAUGACAUCAUCGGUGAACAUGCUGAUUUGUGA